UUACUCCCGGAAAGCUCCGUCGCGGUGGCGGAGACUCCAGGCUCCAGCGUCUGCCUCGCCAAAGCUCCCCCAAUGCAGCCACUGCGCCAUAAUGCCACCACCCUCGCCUCGCGCCUCAUCGUCCGCGACAACCAGCGCAUCACCGCGCUCGCCCGCGCCGGCGACGUGGCCGCCGCGCGCCGGGUGUUCGACGCCAUGCCCCGCCGCGACGCCGUCUCCUGGAACGCGCUCCUGACCGCGCUCUGGCGCGAGGGCCGCGACCUGCCCGCCGCGCGCCGCCUCUUCGACGACAUGCCCUCCCGCAACGUCAUCUCGUGGAACUCCAUCGUCGCCGGCUGCCUCGCGCACGGCGACCUCGGCGCCGCCUCCGCCUACUUCGCGCGCGCCCCGCGCCGCAACGUCGCCUCGUGGAACGCCAUGCUCGCCGGCCUCGUCCGGCUCGGCAGCAUGGAGGACGCGCGGGCGCUGUUCGAACAAAUGCCCGAGACGAACGUGGUGUCGUACACCACCAUGGUGGAUGGACUCGCGCGGUGCGGGGAUGUGGCUAGGGCGCGAGAGCUGUUUGACGCAAUGCCCGGGAGGAAUUUGGUGUCGUGGGCUGCGAUGAUAAGUGGGUAUGUUGAGAACAACAUGUUAGAAGAGGCAAGUAAGUUGUUUGAGGCAAUGCCGGAGAAAAAUGUUGUGGCAUGCACCGCGAUGAUCACAGGGUAUUGCAAGAUGGGUGAUUUGGAGAACGCCAGAAGGCUGUUUGACAGGAUUCGUUCCAAGGAUGUCAUCUCCUGGAACGCCAUUAUUUCUGGAUAUGUUCAUAAUGGACAUGGAGAAGAAGCAAUGAAACUGUACAUCAUAAUGCUGAGAGAAGGUGCAAAACCAGAUCAUGCAACACUCAUUGCACUGCUGACAGCAUGUUCUGCUCUUGCUUUGCUCAGACAAGGAAGAUCAACACAUGCUGUUGCCAUUAAAACUUUGUUAGAAUCAAGCAUAUCUAUUUGUAAUGCUUUGAUGACAAUGUAUAGCAAGUGUGGCAAUGUUGACGAGUCUGAGUUAGUUUUCAUGAGCCUGAAAAGCCAGGAUAUUGUUUCUUGGAACACAAUAAUUGCUGCAUAUGCACAACAUGGCAGAUAUCAGAAAGUUAUUUCUCUAUUUCAUGAGAUGGAACUGUGUGGACAGACUCCGAAUGAUAUUACCUUCAUCAGCAUGUUAUCAGCAUGUGGACAUGUUGGCAGAGUGGAUGAAAGCCUGAAACUAUUUGAUCUUAUGUCUUCCAAAUACUCAAUAUCCCCAAGAGCAGAACACUAUGCUUGUAUUGUGGAUAUAUUGAGCCGAGCAGGACAGUUGGAGAAAGCUUGUAGUUACAUCAAAGAAAUGCCUACUGACGCUGAGAAGAAUGUUUGGGGCACUCUACUUUGUGCUUCACAGACACAUGGUAAUGUGCAGUUGGGUGAACUUGCUGCUAAGAUGCUUGUCCUGUCAAACUCUGAAAGUUCAGGGGCUUAUGUGAUGCUUUCAAACAUAUACGCUGCUGCUGGCAUGUGGAAUGAAGUCAAUAGAGUAAGGGGCCAAAUGAAGGAAAAAGGUGUGAAGAAACAACCUGGACAUAGCUGGACGGAGAUUGCUGAUAAAGUUCAUAUGUUUGUUGGUGGUGAUGCAUCCCAUCCAGAGAUGGACAUGAUCUUAUCUGAGCUAAGAAAAAUUAGCUUUCAUAUGCAGAUGAUCACUGAUAAAACUCACAUGAUGGAAGAGCUAGCUCAAGAAUGUGGUUAAUGCUUUUCAUAUCAUCCAAGCUCUUGUUCCAUUUGAGUAAGCUCUGUUGUACUUAGAAUCUUCAGAGUGUGCUCAAGGAUCAGAUUUCUAGGGAUAGAUUAUUCAAAAGAGUUACACGGAUUCCCAGCAUGGAUUUAAAUCAGACGAAUACAGUGGAUGCUGCUGUGAUGACGAAAAUAUUUUGGAACUAGAAAUUAGAAGGAACAUAUUUUGGAAUUUGGAGGUAAAAGCUAUAUUUGUUUAUGUCAGUCUUGAAGUACUGUUCUUCCUAACAACAAACAACCAACCUUGAUCCUAACUUAGGCACUUUGCAGGCUUUGCAUCCAGCCAACUAAGACAAACUGAUGAUUAUCAGGUUGAUCGACCCAAAGGAAAGGGCUCGUGUUUCAUACAGAUCAAAGUUGGUGCUCCUCACAACCAUUCUGUAGUUCCCCACAAAUAUCUUGAUUGGAUGUGCUUGCUUUAUGCGAUAUUACUUUGGUCUAGUUAGACAGAGGAGGAAGAAGUUUGUUCUGGCUGUUUUGGUAUAUUCAUAUAAUGGACUUAGUUACGUUUUCAGAAAAAGAAAAAAAGAAAACCCAAUGCUCCAUGAAGGAUGAUGAUAUAGUGUCACAGAUAAAAUGAAGCAUGCAUGAACAACCAUCAUCGAGAACAAUAAAUCAUUAGGCACUUGCCUGUGUACCAUUUUACUUAGCGAACUUUACUGGACCAGUCUGUUAUUUGCAAUCCAGAUUUUAGUAGCUGUGUGCAAUUUUUUGAUAAAUUCCUCGUGUUUUGUUUCUAAUUCUGAAUAAUACGAGUUUAUUUUGAU